GGGGGAGGGUCUAGCGACGGGCGGCUUCCGGGUUGAAGAUGGCGGCCGUCGAGCCGUUCAGACUGAGUGAAGUCCUGGAGUCAUUCAGGAGCUGUCUGACUGAGAGCGGGGAACUGGUGCAGGAACAUUACCUGAACGGAUGGAAAGGGCUGGUGAAAUUCAUGAAUAGCCUUGGUGCAGCCUUUUCCUUUAUUUCAAAAGAUGCGGUCACUAAAAUUCAAAUUCUGGAAAACUACAGAAGUGGUGAAAAUGGCCAGGAAUAUAGAACAAUUCAGUCAAUGGUGAAGUAUGAGGUUGACAACAAGUUGGUGGACCUGAAGAAGCGAGGUGACCAUUGGGAUUCUGGCUGCCGUACUCUCUUGCGACUACACCGUGCCCUCAAGUGGCUGCAGCUCUUUUUGGAAAAGCUGCGGGUGGCCUCUGAUGACAGCAGGACUGCAGUCUUGUGUACAGAAGCCUAUAAUGACUCCCUGGCAAACUAUCAUCCCUGGAUUGUGCGCAAAGCUGCAGUUCUUGCAUUUAAUUUACUGCCAGGUCGAGCAGACUUUUUUGAAAUUAUGAAUAUGGGCACAGCAGAAAAGGUCGUGGCCACACUCGGGGAAGCUGUUCCACUCAUUUCUAAGACCUAUGACAUCACACAAGAUCUGUAUGCUCAACAUGACCUACUUGAUCUACCUUAGAUCUGUCCUGUUUUGAAGAAUACUGCAAUAAUAGCAGCUUAAAUGUUUUAGAUGGUAAACUUUAUUUUGUCAGAAUCACUUGACCAAAGGAUAGGUAGUAAGUGUCAUUUAAAGAGUAAGUCUUUCAUCCAUAUGUUUAAAUAAUUAGCCUUUCUAUUUGGGGAGGGGGGGGGGUGCAAGUCCAAUCAGGAUUGGCAGAAUGAUUGCAUUUUUAAGUACUUGAAUUGCUGAAGUGGAAUCUCUACAUUGCUUGCUAAAGGGUCUGCACCACAGAACAGAACUAAUUAGAGAGCUGUCUGCAAGGUGGGGGUAGCAGUGUCAAAUAAAGAAUGCACCUCCAAGGUACAUGUUUUUCUCCAUCUGAUCACACUACAGCCCGUCUGCAAUAGGUUACAGCCUCCUGUUCAGAGUGGAAAGUCUUCUGUUCCAUAACACUAGCAUCUCUAAUCUUCAGCAAAUACCUUCGGGAAGGACCUUGGUCAUGAGUGGCCUUUCUCAGAACCUUUUUCCAUAAGUCAUUUUGCCUGUCUGUACUUUGGUGCAAUGCUUCUUCAGGAGCAUUUAUAUUUAAAUAUAGUUGAACAAAUAAUUUAAUAUAUUUUACCAUGGCCAUUCCAGGUGAUUUUAGCAACAUUCCAUUUGAAAUGCACCAAAAAACUUUAAUCUCUAUAACUGACCACAUUCAAUCGAUGUUCAAGUGAGAAGUAAUAAUUUGGAUCUCCCUCCCAUUUUCUGUACCUGUCCUAAUGGCGUAGAAUGGUUGGCAGAAGUUCAUACUUUGAGUGUUUAUUGUUUGUAUGGAUGGGGUUGGCUUAGAAUCUGUGCGAAUCUGGAGUUACCUGACUCAGUUGUCUUCAGACUGAGCAUUUACACACUUGGGAACUGGGAGAAAUGAUCAGGCCUGAGAUCCGUGACUGAUCGUUUUUGGUUUGUCUGUCUUAUUGCGUCUUCUUCAGAAACAGUAGAAUCAGGUCUGUUAUGGCAGCGUGAGGCAUGAAUGAGUUGGAGCAUUUCCCAGUACAGUGAGAAGGUGGAUCAAAAAUGUUACUAGAUUUUGAUUUGUUAGUCUUUCAAUUUGUAAGUUCAUAGGGCUUCCUUCUCAAUUGCUCCUGGCAGUUUUAGGUGACCUGCUGCAAGGAGCAUUGAAAAUCAAAAUACUGCCGGUGCUGGAAAUCCGAUCAGGCAGCAUCUGUGGGAAGACGAACAUCAAAGACCAUUCAUCAGAAUAGGACCAUGUUCUGGUAAAGAUUAUCUGCCCAAAACGUUCUUGACAUACCAAAUGAUCUGUGUAUUUCUAGCAUCUUAUUUAUAUAUAAGGUACCCCUUUUCAGUUCAGGUCUGCUUUAAAUAUACAGUAUUUUGUUCAUUGUCUGCUGUGAGAUUCAAAUGGCUUAAUUGAAAGAUUCCACAUUGCAUAAGCACAGAAGGUCCUCGAAGUAUUUGCUGUGACAUGUCCUCUCAUACUUGUGCAAGAGAAAUGUAUGGAGCUUAAAAAGUGUCAGUCCUCAUAAUGUUCCUGCUGUACACUUUGUUGUAUACUAUGUCGGUAUAUUUAAUUCUGUCAGAAGAGACAAAAAGGAAUUUGUGCUUACAGUGCAUUAAUACCCAAUACAGUAUGUUUUUUUUUGUUACCUACCAAAAAUAAGUUCUUCCUUUCUUUCUUUUCUCCCAUCCCAACAAACAUUGCUGCAUCCUCUUUUUGGUGGAAUUCUUUGGGCACCAGUUUCUCUGUCCUAUUUCAGCAGCUGAUUUUCAUGUGAGCCUGGACAAUUCUACACACAAAGUGACAUUACACCUCAGCGAAACAAGUUUACCUCCUUAUGUUGUUGAUUAACAAAUCAACAUUGAUCUAGGUUUCGUCCUGACCAAGAGCAAUAGAUUUUGCAUUGGGCUGUGUGAAAGGGGUGCCCUUCACCAACUGGUCCCUGGAAAAAAAAUAAACAUGAUUAAUGCUGGCAGAACACUGGUAUUGCAGUUACUGAAAUUCAUAACCAACAACAGUCUGUCGGUGGGUAAAGAAGUGGAAAGGUGGCCACGGCUCCCAAAGGCUCCUGUUGGAAGCCACAUUCUAGCUGGGUGGAUCCAUGAUGAGCUCAGCUGUCAUCUGAUGUCUUCGUGUGGGACCAAAGACAUUUUACCCUGAUCCACAGUGCUUGUUACUGGCAUUUAGCGCAGCAGUGAAGGUCCUCCAUCUCUGGCGGUGUUCAGGACUUCCAUCAUCAUGUCAGUAGCUUCCUCUCAGUUUUCACUGCUGUCAGUCACACAAGUCCCGGGUGGAGACUCAGGAAUACCGUCACACUCUGAUGUAGAAGGAUUCCUCGUUGCUGCUUCCCUAACAAUGUUGUUUGACCAGUCAGGGUUGUUAGCCCUGAGCUGAACCCCUGAACCUGGAGGACCAGUGGACCACUCCUAGUCUGGCCUCUACCCUUUGACCUGUUUGGCGUGGGUGACCCAACCAAGAGCCAAAGCAUAAAGUUCUAACUCCAGCCAGCAGACCUCUCCGGGUCACUGAGGCACACAAGCCUCCAAACCAUGACGAGGUUAUUGUCCUCUUGGAGGAUUUUACCCUGGGAUGAGGGAAAUAGAAAACUGCAAUGUGAAGUAAAUUUUAUCUUUAAUUCUUUGAGGACCCUAGCUGUUCAUUUUCCUACUCACAUUUUUAACAUUAGUCUCUGCUUGCUAAUUACUUGUCAAAUGCUGCCACCCCAGUAUACCUUUGACCUUCCAUUGUCCUUUGUUGACCUUUGAAGUUCUAAUCUUCAAACAUUAAAUUAGCACUACAACUGUCAAUGAACAAUUAGCAACAUUUCCCUGUCAUGAAUAGUAAAUUUUAAAGUCAGAAAUAUCUUUAAUAUUUAAGGUGAAAACCAAAUGUAAUUUGUAGAUUUUUUAUUUGUAAUAUGAGUGAUUAUUUCCUCUAUAAAAACAAUAAAUUAUGAUGUAGUUCA